GGGCUGAAAAGUUGCUCGGCGGAGGUCGGGGCUUCGUGGCAGACUUGCGCUCCCGCGGCGGGCUGGGAGAUGCCAUGAAUUUCCUGCCAGAGCUCUCCGUAGCCACUUGGCUGCUCCUCACCCUCCUCCUUAGCCUCCUGCUUCUGCACCACAAAGAGGCCGGGACUAGCCCCAGCCAUGCCCUGUUUAGCCACUUGCUGCUCGGCUGUCCUGAAACUAGACCAGAUGAAGAGAUUUCUAAAUAAAACCAAUUAUCAAGUUACUGGAGCUUACCGAAUAACUAGGGAGUCCUGAAUUUUGAUCAGAAGUGCUUUGAAAAAUACGGCAAAAUGUGGGGGUUUUUUGAUGGCAGGCGGCCUGUGCUAGCCGUUCUGGACCCCAUACUCAUCAAAGCCAUCCUGGUGAAGGAGUGCUAUACGCUUUUUACUAAUCGCCGGACCUUUGGUCUGCAUGGAAGCCUGGACUCGGCCCUCACCCUUGCUGAAGAUGAGCAGUGGAAAAGGAUUCGCUCUGUGCUAUCUCCAACCUUCACCAGCGGGAAGCUGAAGGAGAUGCUACCUAUCAUUAACUACUAUGGUGAGAAAUUAGUGAAAAACAUUGAGAAGAAAGUGGCUAAUGAUGAGUUCCUGCCCACAAAGGACAUUUUUGGAGCCUACAGCAUGGAUGUGGUGGCCAGCACUUCCUUCAGUGUGAAUAUUGACUCCAUGAAUAAUCCCAGUGACCCCUUUGUCACCAACAUUAAGAAAUUUCUCAAAUUCAAUUUCUUAAAUCCACUGGUCCUAUUAAUAGUGUUGUUCCCCUUCGUUGUCCCAGUGCUGGAGAAGAUGAAUGUGACUCUGUUACCCUCAGGAGCCACGAACUUCUUCAAAAACACCUUCAGUAAAAUGAAGAAGGAACGGCGAAAGGGCUGCCAUAAAGACCGGGUUGAUUUCCUGCAACUCAUGGUUGAUUCGCAGAGCUCAGGUGGCAGCUCCAACCCUGCUGAGGAGAGCAACUCAUAUAAAACAUUAAGUGAUGAGGAGAUUCUGGCCCAGGCUCUUACCUUUGUUUUUGCUGGUUAUGAGACCACCAGUUCCACCCUCAGCUACAUCUCUUAUCACCUGGCCACUCACCCUGAUGUGCAGCAGCGACUGCAGGAUGAGAUUGAUGCAAAUCUGCCCAGCAAGGCCGCUCCCACGUACAGUGCGCUCGUGCAGAUGGAGUAUCUUGAUAUGGUGGUGAACGAAACCCUCCGGCUCUUCCCCCCGGGGGGGCGGAUUGAAAGGGUCUGCAAGAAGACUGUGGAGAUCAACGGCGUGACUAUCCCGAAGGGCAUGGUGAUAAUGAUUCCCGCCUACGUGAUUCAUCGCGACCCGGCGUACUGGCCUCAGCCAGAGGAGUUCAGGCCUGAGAGGUUCAGUAAAGAGAACAAAGAGUCUAUUGACCCCUACACCUACCUGCCAUUUGGGGCUGGCCCCAGGAACUGCAUAGGAAUGAGGUUUGCUCUCCUCACCCUGAAAGUGGCUGUGGUUGUCCUGUUGCAAAACUACUCUUUCAGACCCUGCAAAGAUACUCCGAUCCCUCUGGUGCUGGACACACAGGGUUUCAUGCAGCCUAAGAAGCCCAUCGUCCUGAAGAUGGUCCCCAGAGGCUGUGCUGAUCUGGAGAAGUAAAGGAGCUGGAACAGAUCAGAGACUGCUGAAAGAGGGUGCCAAGGGUGCUGCUUCCACUCUCUAACACUUAAGAGGAGAUACAGCUUGAUGUCUGUGUCAGUGGUGCAAACCUCCAUUUCGUAACAGGGCAUUAGGUGUUUAGCCCAGCAGAAUUUCAUUAUCCUAAUGAAAAUUCCUUAGUCCCGAAUCCCCCUGUCCCACAUCAGUAUGGGCAUUUUGCAAGCCCAUUUGCACUGGAGUUAUUUGAAUGCUUUUUCUGUCUCUUCAAAGAUGAACUUUGCCCAGCAAUUUGAUUUCAGACACUGUCAGUCUUUUUUGGCAGUGUAAUUUAAAUCAAGAUAGGGAGAGCAAAUUGCACAGAGUUAAGUAAUGCUACCAUUGCUCCUAUUCCUAAUGCCUGCUAGGUGACUCUGUAUGUCUCCUGGGAACACAGAGUUGUCCUGGGCUGUUUCCUCAGCUGUGUGCAGUGAGGCUGUUACGACUCUGAGAAGUGUUCAAGUGGUCACAUCCUUCCAGGAAAUAAUGCCUGUGGCAAAUUUUCUGGUGCUGAUUUUUUGUAGAUUUUUCUUAAUGAUUUUAGGUGGCUUUUGCAUGCUCCAGACUGCAGAUUUGUUAACUGGAGGAGUGCAGAGACAAGCAGUUACCCCUAAUGACUGGAGAUCUGCAGAACUGGAGAGAAGUGCACUGCAUGUGUUUCCUGAUUGUUUGCUUAUUUUACCCCAGGCAUGCAGCCUUCUCCCAUAGAAGGGACUGUCAACACAAGCACUGUCUACACUGCUAUCAUGAGACUGUUUAGAUUUGAUUUGUAUUGCCUUUGUAAUACUGACUUAAUUGAAUUAACAAUGCAGGGUGCAGCACUGAGAAGGUCUUCAGUCAUCCUGGAGAACCUUAGUCUAGAAGAAAGAUGCUGCCUUUGGCUAUUGGCAGCUGGGAAGUCUUGCUGGACUUUGCCAUUUUUACGUUCUAGAGAACAUAGUGCUUUGUACUUUCUCAUUUCACAUUACUCCUCCAAAAAGUGCUAAUGGAAGGUGAAUUACAAUAAAAAGCUCGCUUACUUCUA